UAGUGCAGUUCACCUUAAUUUUUAGAUGCCAUUAUGUUCCCGCCUUCCCGGGAAAACCCUUUCGCUAUGAUUUGGGAAAUUCUUGUAAGCAUGACGUCUUACUUUCUUUCUUCUUUUUGUUGUUUUUCAUUUUUUGAAGAUCGAAGCACGGUUUCGUAUCUUCGGAAUUUGCAUUCCGAUCUAGAAAUCACUUGGGAGCUUGUGAGUCAGUGGCAUUUUCGGAUUUCACGACGUGGUUUGAAGCGGUUGGGCUUCCUCACUUGACCGGUAUCGGAACCUGACUACACGGCGGCAUUGGUAGCUGCCGGCGGCGGAUUUGGAGAUCUAAUUGAGGUCACGGAGGUUUUCACUUUGUCCAUCACUUAUGCUGAUUUGGUCGAAUGAGAGAAGUCCCACUUCUGGGAUGCAUCGGAAGAGAUUGUUUGGUUAUAAUAAUGAUCAGUUUCAUGGAUCCCCAUCUAACUUCAAAAAACAAAAGAUUGAUGUUACCACUAAAUAUCCUGAAUAUUUUGAUGCCCGGCAUGCAAGUGCUGAGAUUGUUGUGAUAGCCCUGCCUGCAAGACAUCUUACACCCAGUUCUGGUAACCAACAUAUAUCAUGCAAAGAGCUUGAUGCUUCUAAGCCAAGAACAGGCAGCAAGGAAGUAGAUUCGCCAGCCACUCUGAUGGGGACAAAUUUAUAUAAUGUGGCAUCAAGUGAAGAUUGUUCCGAAGGAUGUUUGUCCGGAGACCAGAAGCCAUCUCAAGCUCUGCCUCUAGCUAUGGAAUUUCCACCUUUUCUUUCUCAACAAUCUUUACCACAACAAAGUGCUUCAUCCAUGCAACAUCUUUUAGCAGGUUAUGGUGAAGCAUGCGAACUGGUUCAAGUGAGAAGAAAUUAUGAUUGCGAUAUAGUGGAAGUGGAAGAUGAUGAAAUUUGUAAUUUGCCUCCACAUGAAUCGCAUUCAUUUCAAUCAAAUCAUGAAUCCUUGUUAAGUAAUGAUAGGAUUAAUGAGCAGCAGGGCAAGCAAAUUGUGGAUGGCGAGCGCCAAAGACUUUGUUCUCGGUACAAAAAAACGAAGAAACUCAUAGACAAGAACAAGCAGCAUGUAGACUCUGGAGAUUCAGAACAGAAUCUAGUGAUCAGUCCCACUUUUUGUAAUGAUUCUGCCUCAGAGUAUUAUAAUAACAUUGCUCCCACAAAUGAGUGUUCCCUAGUUGACUCUCGCAAGCAAGUCUUGAAUGUUUUAGAACAUUUCAAACAAGUAUACAACAAGCUUUUGGAAGAAACCAAAGGUGGUUCGGUUAGAAAUGCAAAAGGAGGUGUGCCGAUGAAAGCUGCAUCUUUCCUAAGGAAACAACAAAAAUGGUUGCAAGACAAGCCGACCUUUGGCGUUAUUCCUGGGGUUAAGAUUGGUGACACCUAUCAAUUUAGGGUGGAACUUGCAAUUGUGGGACUCCAUCUCCAAUAUAUUGCCGGCAUAGAUUAUACAGAUUUGAAUGGAAAAUUCCAUGCAACUAGUGUUGUGGAUUCUGGUCAUUAUAAAAAUGAGGUUAAAUCACUUGACACACUCAUAUAUGUUGGUUCUGGUGCAAAUCCUAAAUUUUCAAGUUCAGAUGAUCAAAAGCUCGAGAAGGGUAAUCUUGCCUUGAAGAACUCCAUGGAUGCAAAGCUUCCUAUAAGAGUUAUCUGUCUUCAAAAAACUCUAGGUAUGAGUAGCCAGGGAUACACUUAUGCAGGGCUGUACAUUGUGAGCAACUAUAAGCAAGAAAGAGACCAAAGGGGCAAAUUGGUGUUCAAGUUUGAAUUGCGUAGACUCUCUGGGCAGCCAAAUCUUACUCUCCCAAUUGCGUGGGAUUGGGAGCCAAUACAAUUGACUGAAAGAGAAGGUGGCGUUAACAAUCGAGUGGUGGUAGAUGAUGUAUCACAAGGGAAGGAGAAGUUUCCCAUUCCUGCAGUGAAUGAUAUUGAUGAUGAAAAACCACCACCUUUUACUUACAUAACCAAAAUGAUAUAUCCUCGUUGGUUUCAUUGUACUUUGCCAAAGGGUUGCAACUGCAAAAAUGGAUGUUCGGAUUCAAAGCCAUGUCCAUGUACACAUAGGAAUGGAUGUGAGAUUCCAUUCAACAAUAAAGGCUCUAUACUUAAAGCAAAGCCAGUUAUCUACGAGUGUGGUCCUUCUUGCAAAUGUCCCCCUUCUUGCAAUAAUAGAGUUAGCCAAAAUGGUCCAAUAUAUCAAUUGGAAGUUUUCAAAACCAAGUCUAGAGGAUGGGGUGUCCGGUCACGAGAUUAUAUCUCUUCGGGAAGUUUUAUAUGUGAAUAUCUUGGAGAGCUGCUUGAUGAGAAAGAAGCUGAAAAAAGAAUUGAGUGUGAUGAAUAUCUCUUCGACAUUGGUAACUAUGAUGAAGGAGAGGGUAGUGAUAUGACUGAUAUUGUUGAUAUUUGUAGGAAGGAUAGUGAUGGGUUCACGGUUGACGCAGCCCAAUUGGGAAAUGUGGGGAGAUUCUUCAAUCAUAGUUGUUCACCCAACCUUUAUGCGCAAAAUGUUUUGUUUGAUCAUGAUGACAAGAGAGCCCCUCAUUUAAUGUUGUUUGCUCAAGAGGAUAUACCACCUUUGCAAGAGCUAACUUACGACUAUAAUUAUAAGAUGGAUCAAGUUCGUGAUGCAAAUGGAAACCUCAAGAAGAAGAACUGCUACUGUGGUUUUCCCGAAUGCACUGGAAGAAUGUACUAAGGAAGCUGUCUGAGUUUUGAUCCAUCGUACUGUGUCAAUCCACCAUGCAUUGUAAGUGGACUGAGUUUUCUUUCAGGUAUACUUGUGCACUUAUCUAUAGAGAGAACAAGUACCUUGACAGACUAAGAAGGGUUGUUUUGGGUUCUGUUUUUCUAAAAAUGUUUUUGCAAUAUUGAUGACAAAUUUUGAGAUGUAUGUUGACAUUAGAUGACAACCCUUAUACAAUACAGAUCUUGC